AUGAUGUUUUACAAUUGUCAGUCUCUCCUCUGGUGUCUGCUGGUACUACAUUUAGUAUCAUGGAGUGAAGCUCAGGAAUCUCCAUCGAUCAACGUGACCACGUUUUCUACCGAUGAAUCACUGCGAGCACGUCAAGAUGUGUGCGAUCGGUACCAACUUUACGACCGGGGCGAAGUGGAACUGCGAUUGGCAUUGAAAGGAUUGACGUUGCGUCCGCUCUUUACCAAGGGCAGCUUUUUCAAUUUGGAUCAAGACACGAACCAACUCGACGAAGCCAAUCCGGGCUUGGCGGCGGUGCUCAUGGACGAAUUGGCACGACGAGCCGGCUUUACGUGGCGAAACAGCUAUGGGAUCACGGAAGGACCUCCACCAGGAAGUGGCAAGACGUGGACCAACCUGCUUCUGUGGGGGACGGACUACUUUGACGUGUACUGCGAUUGGUACGCCAAGACACUCGCUCGACUCAAACUGGGAAUCUCCUUUCCCGAGGGAUUCUACGAUUCGUCGUACAUUCUCGUGGGAGUGGCAGAAGCACCGCCUGACAACUCCAUCAAUCUGUGGCAAUGGCUAGAACCAUUCGAUACUCAAGUCUGGAUCUGCAUUGUCAUUACUAUCAUUGGUUCAGGCGUGUUGCAUCAGAUCCUCGAUCAUAUACCUCCUGCACGCCAACACAAACGACGACCCACUAAACCCACUUUUAAUGAAUACAGAAGUAGAUCCUCUCUUUCCAACCACAACAAUAUCAACACGGAAGAAAUAUACGAAGGAGCGCAUACCAUUGGAGAUGGGAUCUUUCUAUCCUCUCUACUCUUUACACAACAUUUCCAAUUCAUGCCACGCACUGCACCCUCUCGCCUCUUUAGUGCAUCCAUGGGACUAUGGGCGCUGCUCAUUAAUUCCAACUACACGGCAAAUCUUGCUUCCUUUUUUGUCAUUGAAAACACACCGCAAUUAGCCAUUCAAUCCAUUGACGAUGCCAUUGCCGCUGGAUUCCCGCUCUGUGUAUGGAAAGAUACCGCCUCACACGAAUACGUCAAAGACACGUAUCCACAAGCUAAAUUCAUAGAGGCAAACACCGAACUAGAACUCUAUCAAGCCAUUGUCAACGGAGACUGUCCCGUGGGAGUCUCUUCGGUACAGGCCUUUCAACUCUCACAAAAUCAAAAACAGUUCAAUCCAGACUGCGGCCUCUAUUGGGUCGGACGGAUCAUUGAACCUGUCAAUGCCGGAUUCAGUGUCAAGGCGGAUGCCGGUAAUCUAUGCACCAGUCUCAUCCACAACGUCCUCAAUUUGCAUCUCGUCGAAAUGAAAGUCGAUGGAUUCAUUGAUGCGGCAUGGGAAAAGGAACGCGAAAAGACCAAUGAUCAGAAUUGCGCGAGCGACCAAAACGCCUCAAGUGACGACACGAGCAAUAGUGGCAGUCGCAGUAUCAAGGAAAUGGCAGGGACGUUUGUGUUGCAUUCCGCCUUUGGGGCGGCGGCCGUUCUCCUCAUGAUCGUCAUGCGAUUACGCGACAAAUACAAACAAAUGUCCGACCAGUCGCGACAAGAACUCCACAAUACGGUAUUCUCGGUGCGACGACGACCGCAUCAUACGAAAGAUGAUGACUAUGGCAUGCCCGACAAUGACAUUAUGGGCCCGGACCAUGACCAUAGCAACCGAUUGGAUCAUUCCGAUCAUCCUGCACGUGAACAACAACACGUGCGGUAUGGCGGGGUGCUGACCACGGAAGAACGAUUCGAGGAGCUGAAGCAUAGUAUGCGAAAACGACAAGAUGAACUCGAGCAAACCAUCCAGGAACAAUUGGGGACCAUUCUGGAUCUUUUGCAGAAACAACAGCAGCGGCCGGAACAGUGCAAGAACGAGUGGAGAAGCAAAACAUCGUCGUGGGAUUUGUAG